AUGAUGGAAGAAAUAGACAGAUUCCAAGACCCAGCCUCGUCCACGGUGUCAGAGGCGGACUCGGACCCCAGAGAGGGGGAGCCCGUCACCAUAAACUACAAGCCCUCACCCCUGCAGAUGAAAAUAGAGAAACAGAGAGAGCUGGCCAGGAAGGGUUCGUUGAAGAACGCCAACACUGUAGGAAGUCCAGUGAACCAGCAGCCCAAGAAGAACAACGUCAUGGCCAGAACACGGUUGGUAGUGCCCAAUAAAGGCUAUUCCUCUUUAGACCAGAGCCCAGACGAGAAGCCCCUGGUGGCCCUAGACACAGACAGCGAUGAUGAUUUUGACAUGUCUAGAUACUCAUCGUCGGGAUACUCCUCUGCUGAGCAAAUCAACCAGGACCUGAACAUCCAGCUGCUGAAAGACGGUUACCGCCUCGACGAGAUCCCAGACGACGAGGACCUGGAUCUGAUUCUGCCCAAAUCAGUCAACCCCACCUGCAUGUGUUGCCAGGCAACCUCCUCCACCACCUGUCAAAUACAGUAA